AUGGCUUCAUCUGUUACGACAGAGGAUCUGAAGGCGUUCCAUGCAAUGGAUCGAGAUCUUUACAAGCGACUUGUUAUUGACAGUGGUCGAGACUUAUUUACAUGUAUGCAUGUGAUUGCCCUGUGGAUCUUUCUUGAAGAAAUAGGGUAUCCCAAUAUAGUCGAGAAACUACUCAGAAUGAAUGAUGCGGUAGUCAAUUUUAUACUGAAUGAAGCAAUUCGUUGUCUUGAUUGCCUGAAAUCUGUUACACCACCUAUACCGGUGGUUAACAUUCACGACUUACCAUUAACACAAGAGUUAAUGGGUAAUAAGGCGAUCAGUUUAUCAUUGGUAUAUCAGUACAGGGAUGAUGCCUUAACUAGGGUAAAUCAGACUGUGAAGGAUGUGUUUGUUAGAGCGUUUGAUGAUAUAGUACAAGAGGCCGUUUGGGCUGGAAGGAAGUCAUGA